CCUACCUCUAAAUACAACUCACGCUUUUCUCUCUCUCUCUCUCUUAUUUUUCCAUCAUCCUUGGUUUUUUGAUUCGGCAUUGCAAAUUACACACCAAUCGCUCAAAACCUUCAAAGAUUCUCUCUCUCUAAAAUACUCCAUUUUUUUCUUCAUCUGGUUGUGGUGUAGGGACUGUGUUUUUUUCCCCUCAUUAUUUUUUUUGCCGUCAAAAUUAACCUCAUGGUACCUUUUCCAACAAAGGGUCGCACCCGGUUUCUUGCCGCGGAAUCUGUUCAACAGUAACAAUCUUUUUUUAUUUUAUUUUAUUUGUGUAUUGGGAUUUAGUGCUUCUUCUACUUGUUCUUUUCCAAUGACUACGAAAUGGGUGCAGUUUGUUCAAAUUUGUUGAUUGAAAGUGUAAAGUAAUGAACUUUGUUGAUUAAAGAAAGGAAUAAAUGGUUGAUAAAUUUAUUUUCUUUUCGCAUAUUUGACUGGAACCCUAAAAUUUCAAAUCCAAAUUCUCGCAUUCUACAUCACAGGCAAGCCAUGGGAAAGUUUCAAAAGAGUUAAUUAACCGUCUUAUGAGUAUUCUUGGGCACUUGAUGCAACUCAGAACAUUAAAGCUGGCAUAUUCUUAUGAGGAUGAAAGCUCCAAAAGAAGGUUCAUGUGAUCCAAUUCCGCCACUUGAGCUGCCACAUUCUUUACAUGAUUUUCAUCGUGUAUCUGAAGCCAAUAACUUAAUAUGGUAAUACAUCAUACCAUUAACUAUAUUGAAGAUUAAUUAGAUGAUUUUGAGUUUGUAAAUAUCUAUUUUUCAUUAUCAACAGUAGAAGCCUAAUUGCUCCAGGGACACUGCAAACUAGUAAACCAAUUUUUUUUGUAGAUUUUAAUCACUUUUCUUCUUGAUUUUAAUAUUUGAGUUUGUGGAUAUUGAAACUGAGGGGUGACAUUACUUAUUUUCAGAGAUUUGUUUUAUUUUAAUUUUGAGUUUUUAGAAGGUUGCCUUCUAUCCUAUUUACCUUACUUCCUCUUUGUUUUGAACUCUUUGUCAAGAAGGUUGCCACACUCUUCGUGGAGUAAGUAAGAAUAAUUGUUCCUCAUUUCUUCUACACCUGCACUUUUUAUUGUGCAUAGACCAUAUAACUGCAUUUUUCAUUAUGGAAGAAUUAAUUCAUCUAGUUGCCACUUCAUUAUGUCAUUUAAAUUUGGUCUUUUCCAAUCUGUUGAUCUUUUACAGGUUAGGUAAUAUCAAAUGCUUACUAUGUAAGUUACAGUAUAAAUAAAUAUUACUUUUUUGCUUUUCGGUCCUCCAAACUUCAGUACUAGUUAAAUGAUCUGUUAUUGGUGAUUAUAGGAAUGAAUAUUCAAGUAUCUUAUGCAUUCCAUUCUGAGCAAAAGUUAAAUCCUGAAAAGUUCAAAAACCAGUUGGUGAAUCAGAGUACAUAUGCUAAGCUUGGAUGCACACAAGGACGGUUUUUUGCACCUUUAGUCCAUCCUGCUUCCAGGAACAUAGGACAACUUGCAAAAGUGAAGUUUAUUCAAAGACAAGGUCAAUGGCAAGACCUAGACAUACCUGGGUACCUCCCAGUGGAUGCCAUUUGUGGAAACUUGAAUGCUGGAGAUUUGAAAAGGCCCAAUUCUUGAAAAGCAUCGUCAAAAGGUUAAACAACUAGAUAGGAUAUUCAAUCUUGGUUACAUUGUAAUGUUUGAUUCAUAGAGUGAACAAUGCUGGGUUUCAUCAGUUAAAUAACAUAGAUUUACCAUAAGUACAAGCUUUAUCAUUUGCAAAACUAUGAAGCAUAGGUACUUCUAAAAUAGGGAAGUAUCCGUACCAGGUACUUACGCGGCUCUGAUACUUUAUGGGACUCGUGAGUACACUGAUUUCAUAGCAUAUUUUACUAAUAUUAAUUUUGAUUUUGUUGAUGUCAUUCCCAACAUUUCAUGUCAGUUUUAUCAUUCAAAUAUGUAGUUCAUAGCAAUUUAUGAUGAUUUGUUGAUUCUGCA